AUGCCGUCCUUCCGCAUCACUGAGCCUCACCCCUCCGUCGGCGGCGGCUACAUCUACUCCGGUCGCGGCGGUGCCGGCAACGUAACCCGCGUGAAGCCCACCGACCUCACCAACGGAGCCACUGCCACGGGCCCAGCAUCCCGCAUCAAGUUGUCCCCUCCUCCCACCACCUCCUACUUCGCCUCAGGCCGUGGCGGCGCCGGAAACAUGCACUCCGGCAAGGAGCGCGCCAUGUUCAGCUUCGACGAGGAGUUGCAGCAGCAAGAGCGCCUGCGUUCCCAGCAAGCACCCGUGUACCACGUUGGACGCGGCGGCGCCGGAAACCUCGUCGAUGAGAUGAAGCCCCGCAGCCAGCGCACCAACAGCUCCAGCUCGACGUCUUCGAAUGAGAGCGUCAAGGAGGGUGUACGUGGCAGCCUCGACAACGCAUGGCGCCGUCUCAGCAGGACGGUUUCGCACAACUAAGUGCGAUGGCCUCACUUUCUUUACGACUACGACCUUUUAACGACAACGACACAUUGGAGAGCUGGUUCUGAAUCUCUCUUUUCUUCUCCUUCGACUUCAAGCAUUUUCGGCACAUGAGCACGGCGCAAUGGGAGUCCACAACAUCAUUGUAACAACAACCAACACCAACAACAAAAGUCACAGUUUUUCUUCUUUUCGGCGAGCGACACAACCAUGGGAGAACCGUCCGGUUAUCAAAAGUUUCAUUUGAUACCCGGGUAAUGGAUCUUACCUGAGAGGGCGAUGCAUGGCUAUGCAUUUACAACCAGCGGCAUGAAAGGGGAGGAAUUAUACCCAAGCCGGCGAGGGCAUUCAGUUUAAUACAAACCCAAAUUCACAAUCUUCAA